UUCGGGAUACAGAGCGCGGCCGUUGUGUUGACCUUCGGUAAGGCUAGUUGGCCCGUGCCGCGGAAGCCGGAUGACUGAUCUUCAUAACUCUCGUCAACCAGACAUGACAUCACCUCCUCACCGCUUUCGCACUGCCAUCAUGGCUUCCAAUCGCUAUCCAGUUUACAAAGUCAAAUCGCAUAUGGCCCUUCCAGAUCCGCACAUGCCGCCCGGUCGCUUCCAUCACGCCAUAUUCGUCGAAACCAGCGACAAUGGCUUUGGUACUCUGUACCAUGUCACUGGCGACGUCACAUCAGCAAACGGAAUGAGCUACGAGAGUAGAGAUUCACCUGAUCCCGCUCAAUUAGAAGGCUUCUAUUCUAAAGAAUUGCUGGGCUAUACUGGCUCCGACGUCCAUCCACAACAGUGGAGUUCGGUUCUCGCGUCACUGCCGACUCCGCCUCAGCAAAAAGCGUCAAACCCGAAGAACCAAGGCCGCGUUGAGCCUUUUAAGGAAAAGGUUGGCGGUUAUGAAUAUGUUUUUUAUACCGAUGGAGAAGAGCGUAAGCCUCUUUGGAAAUGUACUGAAUGGGUUGAGUGGUACGCUAUUCCUGCUCUUCACGAACGCGGCCUUAUUCAAAGCGGUGAUCAGUAACUACUCUAACAUUACAUCUCCUUGUUCAAUAGUCCAAGGUUUCUAAAUUUCUAGUACAUUUUCCUUGUAGAUUACGCAUCUUGUCUGCGUUGAGUACAGCAGUGAAUGUAGCUGUCUCGCCACUUUCCCAUCGACAGGAGCAAGAGAUGCUCACAACGACAAAGCCAUUGUGGCAAGCAGUCCAGCGCAUCCUGCAGCCAAAGAAAAUCUCAAAAGUCUCGAACCGCCAUUCGACUCCGCCGGGGCAUCAGCGGUGGCCGUAGAACUGCCUGUUUCCUUAGAAACGGAUUCCGUACCCUCAGCUUCACCCGUCGCCGUAGUAGUAGUCGGAUAUUCACUCUUGAGCUUCUCCAACCCAGCAGUAAGCGUAACUCUCCCAUACUCAAACGUCGGACCAUAAAUCUCCCUCAAAUCCGACUGUUCCUUGUAGGUCUUUGGUCCAAUUGUCGAGGGACCAUUAGCCGGUCUGUUAAUCAUGGUGCAGUCCUGUGCAACAGAUCUGCUCAUCUCACAGUGGAGCGAGUAAAACCACUUUGUACCAUCUUGUGGCUCCGUGAUGACUACAUCCAUGGUUCCUGUUGGGUCUGCGCUUGAGGCGAGGGCUUUCUCGGCCCAUGGACCCAGGGUGAUAGUUUGGCCGUUUCUUUCACAGCUCUCGGCGUCGGGUGGACAGUUGAGAAGAUAUGUUGUUGCUGUCGCGUCUGCGCCUAUGACUUUUCCAUGAAGAGUCAUGGCGUCUGAGGGGACGAGGAGCAGCUCUUUGACUGAUGUUGACAUUCUGAUAGUGUUGUGGCUUGAUGGAAGAUGUCAAUAAUUGAAGACGAUGCGGCCUGGAUGUUGCGUAUGAUAACACAGAGGCGAAGUUUUAUGUUGUUUAAUCAAGUAUACAAAUGAUUGAGUUCUUGCAGCGGCGAGAAUGAGGAUGUCAGCAAAUGCGAAAAAUAAAACAGGGCGUCUUCACGCGACCAAGUCCGUGCCGCAUCCUUAAUUUCGCAGAGUGGAUCAUGGAACAGAGUCUCAGCAAACAAUAUCAUUGAAGUCAAUGCGGAAAUAAGAAGGAAGUCAAGGA